UCUAACCUCUCUUCUUCCGUUUCGUGUCCAUCGAGAGGGUGGAGUCGGAGAGCGAUCGACCUCGUCGCCAUCGAAAAUUCUUCUCCUUUGGUAGAGCUCAUCCUUUCUUUUCCUUCUCUGUGAAUUGUUUCGGUGGCCAAAGCUGGAGCCGCGGCUGGAGGCAUCGCUGAAGCCGCCGCCCCCGGCGCCAUCCAACGGCCAGAUACGGUGCCGGUCCCCGUCGGCGGCGGAUCUCCUACACCCCGCCCCUUCCCAAGACGGUCAUGAUUCCAGAGUGAAACGCGCUCGCCAAGAGUCCCUCCGGGACCGGAUCCAUCGAUUCCGGGGCGUCAUCCUCACCUUCUCCGUUCCCCUUCUUCUCGUCUCCUUUGUUCUCUACCUCAUGCCCCGUGCUCCUCCCAUUGCGUACCCCGGGAGGAAAGAAGUUCCUGGAAGCGGCGUACGCGUCGUCGGAUCGAAGAGUUAUGCUGUUAUCUUCGAUGCGGGAAGUUCGGGAAGUAGGGUUCAUGUCUAUUGCUUCGACGAGAAUCUUGAUCUACUUCACGUUGGCAACGAAAUUGAGCUCUUCGAUCAGCUAAAACCAGGCUUGAGUUUUUAUGCUAAGGAUCCUCAGGAGGCUGCUAAGUCGCUUACUCCAUUGCUAAAGAAAGCCGAAAGCGCUAUUCCUGUUGCAUUGAGACCAGCAACACCUGUCAGAGUUGGGGCCACAGCAGGUCUGAGAGCAUUAGGAGAAGUAACAUCAGAACAUAUUCUGCAAGCAGUCAGAGAUCUCCUGCAACAAAAGAGCUCGCUGAAGUUCCAGUCAGAUUGGGUGACUGUUCUAGAUGGAACUCAGGAAGGUGCCUUUCAGUGGGUCACUGUCAAUUAUCUGCUGGGGAAAUUAGGAAAUUCAUACCAGGAUACUGUUGGAGUAAUUGAUCUAGGAGGUGGAUCUGUUCAAAUGGCAUAUGCUAUUUCAGAAAAUGAUGCUGCAACUGCUCCAAAAGUUUCAAAUGGAGAAGAUUCGUAUGUGCAACAACUCUUCUUGAAGGGAACAACUUAUUACCUUUAUGUUCACAGUUACUUGCACUAUGGUCUAUUGGCUGCUCGUGCAGAGAUUCUUAAUGCUGGUGAUGGGUACAAUAACUGCAUUUUGGAAGGUUAUAAUGGAUCGUAUGAAUAUGGCAAUCAAAAAUACAAAGCAGCUUCUUCAGCUUCUGGUGCUAGCUUUCCAAAAUGCAGGAGUGAUGUUAUUAAAGCUCUCAACAUGGAUGAACCAAAAUGUCUCCACAUGAAGUGUACAUUUGGUGGCGUUUGGAAUGGUGGAGGUGGAGACGGUCAGAAAAACCUAUUUGUUGCAUCCUUUUUCUUUGAUAGGGCUAUUGAGGCUGGCUUUGUCGAUCACCAAGUACUUGCUGCGAUAGUUAAACCGAAAGAUUUUGAGGACGCUGCAAAGCGCGCUUGCAAACUGAAUUUUAAUGAUGCAAAAGCGACGUAUCCUCGAGUCCACUAUGAGAAUCUCCCAUAUUUGUGCAUGGAUCUAGUGUACCAGUUUACGUUGCUUGUAGAUGGGUUCGCUCUAGAUCCACAUCAAAAGAUCACUUUGGUAAAGAAGGUGAAGUACGGCGAUGCCUUUGUUGAGGCAGCAUGGCCACUGGGUAGUGCCAUUGAAGUUGCAUCGGCACGAUAGUUAACGCCCUUGGAGCAUCACAUGUGAUGCGGGGUCGCAAUUGCAUAAUUGAUUCUAUCAUAUGCUUGAUGGGUAUUCAGCUUCAGUAUUGGUGACCGAGUCUGUUUUUGCCCUGAUUCAUUGCCACUCCUGCUGCUUCGGAGGAUUAAGAUUUAUCUGAGGAUGCAAUGGACAUUUUUAAAGAAGCACAAUUUUUUUUCCCUUUAUUUUGGAUUUGAUUUAUCCAUGCUAACCACUCAUUUUAUUAUCGGUGUAACGUUGAGGUGACAUUUGAUAUUCAUCCAUGUUUCUAGUGAUUGUAGUUAAAUUGCUCUAGUUUGAAAGAUUUUGAA